GAGAGGCGCGGGUGGCGCGGGGGCUGCAGCCCAGGAGACCCAAUCCCGGGAGCGCUGCGACCCCGGCCUCCGCGUCCCCGCCGCCUGAGAGGAAGAACGGGGUCCCCAGCAGGCACUUCCCAGGCAGGGCAGAGGGCUCCACGCGCGUGGGCAACCCGGCGCACAAGGGGAGCCCUGUGGCAGACCCCCUACCUUCUCCACUCCCUCAGACCCGACCCUUCGUCGCCGCGUCCCCGCCCCUGCUCCGACCGCACUACAACUCCCAGAAUGCCGCGGGCGAGCGGACGGCACUUCCCAGAAUGCCGUCGAGGGGCGAGGCCGCGGCGCAGAGCGGGAAGUCUGGAUCCCGCGGCGACCCUGAGCAUGAGCCUGGAGCGCGAGCUUCGCCAACUGAGCAAGGCCAAGGCCAAGGUGCAGAGGGCCGGGCAUCUGCGCGAGGAGGCCGCGCUGUGCCACCAGUUGGGGGAGCUCCUGGCCGGCCAUGGCCGCUACGCCGAGGCUCUGCAGCAGCACUGGCAGGAGCUGCAGCUCCGGGAGAGCGUCGGCGACCGGUUGGGCUGUGCCGUGGCCCACCGCAAGAUCGGAGAGCGCCUGGCUGAAAUGGAGGACUACCCGGCUGCCUUGCAGCACCAGCACCGCUACCUGGAGCUGGCACGUUCCCUGGGCAACCACACGGAGCUACAGAGGGCCUGGGCCACGAUUGGCCGCACCCACCUGGACAUCUAUGACCACUGUCAGUCGAGGGAUGCUUUGCUGCAGGCACAGGCUGCCUUUGAGAAGAGCUUGGCUAUUGUGGAUGAGGAGCUGGAGGGGACACUGGCCCAGGGAGAGCUGAACGAGAUGAGGGCCCGCCUUUACCUCAACCUGGGCCUCACAUUUGAGAGCCUGCAGCAGACAGCCCUGUGCAACGACUAUUUCAGGAAGAGCAUCUUCCUCUCGGAGCAGAACCAUCUCUACGAGGACCUGUUUCGUGCCCGCUACAACCUGGGCACUGUCCACUGGCGCGCAGGCCAGCACUCCCAGGCCAUGCGCUGCCUGGAGGGUGCCCGGGAGUGUGCGCGCACCAUGAAGAAGCGGUUCAUGGAGAGCGAGUGCUGCAUGGCCAUCGCGCAGGUCCUCCAAGACCUGGGAGACUUUUUGGCUGCCAAGCGAGCCCUGAAGAAGGCCUACAGGCUGGGCUCCCAGAAGCCUGUGCAGAGGGCAACCAUCUGUCAGAACCUCCAGCACGUGUUGGCAGUAGUCCGGCUGCAGCAGCAGCUGGAGGAGGCCGAGGGCAAUGACCCUCAGGGUGCCAUGGCCAUCUGUGAGCAGCUAGGGGACCUCUUCUCCAAGGCAGGCGACUUUCCCAGGGCAGCUGAGGCUUACCAGAAGCAGCUGCAUUUUGCUGAGCUGUUGGACAGGCCAGGGGCAGAGCGGGCCAUCAUCCAUGUGUCCUUGGCCACCACGCUGGGAGACAUGAAGGACCACCUUGGGGCCGUGCGCCACUAUGAGGAAGAGCUGAGGCUGCGCAGCGGCAACGUGCUGGAGGAGGCCAAGACCUGGCUGAACAUCGCACUGUCCCGAGAGGAGGCUGGUGAUGCUUAUGAGCUGCUGGCCCCGUGCUUCCAGAAGGCACUCAGUUGUGCCCAGCAGGCCCAGCGGCCCCAGCUGCAGAGGCAGGUCUUGCAGCACCUCCAUACUGUGCAGCUGAGGAUGCAGCCCCAGGAGGCCCCUGGCACUGAAAUCAGAUUACAGGAGCUCAUUGUAGCUGAAGACGAGGAGGAGGAGGAAGAGGAGGCGGCGGUGGCCACAGUGGACAGUGGAGCCCUGGAAGCCAGUGAGGUGGAGCUCUCAGAGAGCGAGGACGACACUGAUGGCCUGACCCAGCAGCUGGAGGAGGACGAGGAGCUACAGGGCCGCCUGGGCCAGCGGAAGGGGAGCAAGUGGAACCGGCGAAACGACAUGGGGGAGACCCUGCUGCACCGAGCCUGCAUUGAGGGCCAGCUGCGCCGCGUCCAGGACCUCGUGAGGCAGGGCCACCCCCUGAACCCUCGUGACUACUGUGGCUGGACACCUCUACAUGAGGCCUGCAACUACGGGCAUCUAGAAAUCGUCCGCUUCCUGCUGGACCACGGGGCCACAGUGGACGACCCAGGUGGCCAGGGCUGCGAAGGCAUCACCCCCCUGCACGAUGCCCUCAACUGUGGCCACUUUGAGGUGGCUGAGCUGCUUCUUGAACGGGGGGCAUCUGUCACCCUC